AUGUUCGGUCUCCUCCCAGACCUGACCCCGCGAGACUCGCACUCGAUAUGGUACACAUCCUCCCGCAACCCAAUAGCCCAAGCGGCGCUACUUGAAGCCCACGAGCAGCGUUACGCUCACGAGAACGGCCAACAACAACAGCAGCAGCAACAACAUGGCUCCAACUCGCGCCGCGCGGGCCAGCUCCUCAUUGAGCGGUCGGCGCUCGCUAGGCUGCGCGUCGACGAGCAACACAUGGACAGGCGGCGGCUGAAUGUCCAGAACUUCGGUAGCGGCUGGCUCCGGCCGCCCGGCGUGCCCAAGACGCUGCACCAGAUGCGCGAGGAACAAAAGGAGCAGGCGGAGCACGCCGAGGCCAUGCGAAGGGAGCAGCUUGUGCAGGAGCUGGCCGAGGCCGAGGCCGCGGGGCAAGACGUGUUGGAAGACGGCGGGGAUCUCGGUGCUGAUCUCGAUGCUGAGGAGGAAGAGGAGGAGGUGCGGGAUUUGGACGACGAGAUUCCUGAUGCCGAGGAGAGUUUCGGGUUCGACGGUGGGGACGACGACGAUUCUGAUGGGGGGCUGAGCGGGAUGACUAGUACCGCUGAAGACGCCUCUGAAGAUGACGACGACGACGAUGAUGAUGACGGUGGCGAAGGUGGUCUCAGUCCCGCUGUUGCCGGUGCACGACAGGUGGGCGGCGAGGACGAGAGGGAUAAUCUCGUCGAGGCACGGAUGCGCAUGGCGGACGACGCCUUCAGACAAGCCAUGGCGCGCGGGGACGGCGGCGGCGGCGAAGAGAUUUACGGCGGCGAAGAACUAGAGGCCGAGGGCGGCGGACAUCUGCUCGACGAAGAGGACCUCCUCGCGCCCGGCGAGGGUGAGGAUGAUCUCGGCAUGGGCAUGGACAUGGAUGCCGACCUCGACGACGACAUUCCCGAGGCCGGCGAGCUAAGCGGCGUGUAUGAGCACACGGAUUCCGAAGUGGAUCUUACCAGUUCCGUCAGGGGACCUAGCAGCGACGAGGAGGACGAGGAUGAGGAGGAAGAAGAAGAAGAAGACAUCAGCUUCCCGCCGAGGGCGGCGCCGUUGUUGAGGGCCCCGCUGAGCCCGACGCGCGGCAGGGGCGGGGCGCCGCGGAGCAGUAUGGAUCUCAGCGGUCUUCUUUCGGCCGAGAGCAGUAUGAUGGAUAGUAGUAUGAUGCAGAGCAGUCCCAAUGUCAGGGCUCAGAGACGGUAG